AUGUUUGCUCUCUCGUUUGCAGUUAUGGCGUCCUCAGCGUCAAUUCGCGACUUCUACAAGGGAAGGAGUGUUCUGGUGACUGGAGGCACAGGAUUCAUGGGGAAAGUCCUUGUGGAAAAGCUUCUCUACUCCGUUCCUGAUAUUGGCAACAUCUACGUCGUCAUGAGGCCGAAGCGGGGGAAAUCUGUGCCUCAACGCAUCGAGACUAUGCUACGUUUGCCUCUAUUCGAUCGUCUUAGAAGUGAACGCCCAAACGCUUUGAAGAAACUGAAGGGUCUACAGGGAGAUGUCUUAUUCGACGAUUUAGGACUAUCUUCGCAUGAUAUCGAAAUCUUAUCUGAAGAGGUAUCCGUCGUAUUCCACUUCGCGGCGACACUCAGGCUGGAGGCGCCGCUCAGGGAUAAUGUGAACAUGAACACCUCGGGCACGCUGCGAGCUUUGAGCGUGGCCAGAAGGUUGAAGAAUCUGGUCAUCUUCGUUCAUCUGUCAACGGCUUUCUGCUACCCCGAUUAUGAGCUUUUGAAUGAAAAGACGCACGCGCCCCCCGCGAAACCUGAAGAUGUGAUUAGACUGACAGAAUGGCUCGAUGACAAGCAACUGGCUCUCCUGACGCCUUCACUCUUGGGGUCUCAUCCUAACUGCUACACCUUCUCUAAGCGGCUAGCGGAGAACGUCGUUGAAAGGGCCUAUCCCGAACUGCCGGUCGUGAUUGCUCGGCCUAGCAUUGUGUGUCCAACAUAUAGGGAGCCAGUGGCAGGGUGGGUAGACAACCUAAACGGCCCCGUUGGUCUCAUGCUGGGCGCAGGGAAGGGCGUCAUCCGGACCAUGCUCUGCGACGGCUCCCUCAACGCCGAAGUCAUACCUGUAGAUGUUGCCAUCAACGCCAUCAUCGCAAUAGGCAUGAUCGAGGGAACAAGACAGGAGAAGCCUGAAUUGAUUCCCGUAUACAACGUCAACAUCGGACACCAAAAGCCCACAUCAUGGGGCGAAGUGCUGCUAGUGGCAAAGGAUUACGGACGUAAAUAUCCGCUGGAGUGGCCCCUCUGGUAUCCAAAUGGCGACAUCACCACCAACAAAACCUUGCACGAAAUACGCCGUAUAUUAUUCCAUCUACUGCCAGCUUACUUCAUUGACUUUUUACUGUUAAUUUGUGGGCAAAAACGAAUAAUGAUUCGAAUCCAGGAAAGGAUCAGUCAAGGACUAGAAGUCCUUCAAUACUUCACCAUGAGACCAUGGAAGUUUGCUUGUGAUAACUACGACAGUAUAUGUAAAAUAUUGAAUGAAGAAGAAAGAGAAAUGUUCAUCACAGACAUCACUACCGCAGAUCGUAAUGAAUACAUGGCAAAAUGUAUAAACGGCGGUCGCAUGUACUGCUUGAAAGAGGAUCCGGGAAAACUUAAGCGCAACAGAGCUUAUCAUAACUUCCUGUUCGUUUUGGACUGGAUUGUAACGAUUUUCUUCUGGCUGCUGGUUAUUUCGUUCUUGGCGUCUUGGUUCGCGCCGGUGAAGGCCGUUCUCUCACUUGGUGGGCCGCUGGUGAAGGCAUUGCCUUUCGUCGGUUCCGCGGUUUUUGAUGGAACAAACGAAUAAGGCUCUCAAUCUAUUCAAAUAACUUACUUUUUGGCACCUAAGUACCUAAUACGUUUGUUUAAAAUAUUUUACCAGCCGAGUAACAACCGCGCUACUGUACGAUUCUGUAGGUAUUCCAUUUAUUGUUACUUACGUGGUUUAAAAAAUAAUAAGAAUGAAAAAAUACUUAGAUAUGAGCAUCUUUCUUGUGACAAUUAUAGUAGUUUAGAGAAUAUAUUAAUAGUACGGUGAAGAGUAAAUAAGAAACCUCAAUAGCGCCAAAUGAUUUCUUCCGUUUUUUAUACGAAUUCAUACAAAACGCCGCUUGUGUUUAAGGGGCAUGUAAGUACAAUUUAUUAUUUUAAAACGGGUAAAGUUGAGUAUACGUCCAGCGUAGUUCAGGGUAUGGGCAGAAAGAGUAGUCGAUUUUGAAGAAUAUAAGAAGACACUGUUGUUAUUUAGAA